GGGGAACAGUUUAUCGUGCCUCACAUUUGACUACGAAAAACCCCCGCGAGAACCUGUAUCUUGUAUCUAAAUUCUGUGACGACAGUCGGUAGAAGAUUUACACAGUCUGCACUAUGACACUGAACAUGGAAUAAGCUCAGUUCGUACAUACGAGUAGUCUGAACCUUAUAUCGUUCGUGUUGUUUGCCGGUUUCCAUUGGUACAUCGUGCUAUGUUCAGUAUUCGCUUAGGGAGGUCAAUCAUGUGCCAACGAGUGGAAUUCAUUGACAAUCUAUAGUUUGGCUUCCAUUGAAUCUCGUAUCGGACGUUAUAUGAAAAUCAAUGUUGGAAACUAAGCUCGGACUGGUAUCUUUGAACAGUCAGUGCUGAAGGCUGUGUGAUAAUGCACAGCCGUGAUUCGCUGUUUAUCACACCCAACGCCGAUUUUAUGUAAUUAGAUUUGAAUUGAGAUAUUAAAGGAUAUCAGACGGUCCUUCGAAUAUAUUUGAGUGAUUUGACUUCUCGGGAAAAGUGCUUAAUAGUGAAAUAUUACGAUCUUAAGUUCAACAGUGAGAUAGUUCUAAAAAACCGAAAAGGUGAUUUUCAAGUUGAAGUCCUUCCCCGUUGUCUUGUUUAAAAGAAUAAAGAUAUAACGCAGUAUCUUUUCAAAAGGAUAAAAGUAAAGAAGAUAUAUUAUCAGCCGGAUCAUUGGGGAAUUUUCGCGAGUGUGUGUCCUUCAGUGUCUUGUUUGUCAAAUACUUUCAAUCCACUGACUAAGGUCUGACGUCAAGGCCAAUUUACAUAAGUUCCCUUAAUUGAUUCAAACCAUUGAACAGUACAAUCAACAAUUCGUCCGGAUUUCACAAUGUUCAAAUAUGAACCCAUAAGUUGGUAACAGCAAAGAGUAAACUUCUAAUUUUUCAUGACAAAGCUCCGAGUUAAAGUUUUAAACAAUUUAAAGUUGUGAAAGAUAUAACUACAAACGUGCCGAAUGUAUCAAAAAUUCAUAGAAAAGUCUUGGUGGACUUACUUGAAGCAAUUCAUUAUGAGCAAUAUCACAUAUAUUUGGGAUGAUGUGGACAACUACCUUCAAUAUUUUGGUGGAACAACUGGUGCCUUAGCAUUAGCUGGAAUUACAGCGGCAUCAGUAUACUACUAUGUAUCUCGGCCAGUUCCAGAGAAACCAUUAGUGCCUCUUCAUAACCAAGGACCGAUAUUAGAAGGUCCAGAACAAAUACACGUUUCAAAAUUUUAUAAAGAAGCAAAAAGUGGAAAAUUCAUUAGCUAUAUAAGUGAUAAUGCCAAAACGUUGUAUCAAACAUUUCGUGUCGGUGCGUAUGACUCAAAUAAUGGCCCAUGCUUAGGCUGGAGGGAAAAUAUUAAUUCAUCAUAUCAGUGGAUCAAUUUCGAUGAAACCCUAUUACGUGCAAAAAAUUUCGGCUCAGGCUUAAUAUCAUUAGGAAUACAACCUCGUCAAUUAGUCGGAAUUUAUUCACAAAAUCGUCCCGAAUGGAUCCUGUUCGAGCAAGGAUGCUACUGUUACUCGCUUGUUGUUGUUCCUCUUUACGAUACACUCGGACCAGAUGCUUGUGCUUUUAUUAUAAAACAAACGGAUAUGUCGGUUGUUGUUGUCGAAGAUGAUUCCAAAGCAAAUCUGCUAUUGGACAAAGCUCCAAGGACACUUACCAAAUUAGUUGUAAUUAGACCGACAGUGAAACCAGCAACUUUACAAAGAGCACGAAGUCGCGGUGUUGAAAUACAUACAUUCGAUGAUGUCGAAGCACUAGGUGCAAAGGGUAAUCAUCCAGAAGUGCCUCCAAGACCAGAAGACCUUUGCACGAUAUGCUACACGUCCGGAACAACAGGGAAUCCUAAGGGUGUGAUGCUGACACAUGCCAAUGUUGUUGCUGGAGUUUGCGCAGUGUUACUUCAAUUGGGUGAUCAUAGACCACGAGUUGGGGAUGUUAUGCUAUCAUUUCUUCCCCUGGCUCACAUGUUUGAAAGAUGUUGUGAAAAUGGUAUCUACUACUCCGGGGGUUGUGUAGGCUUUUACUCAGGAGACAUAAAAUUACUUACACAUGAUUUCAAAGCCUUAAAACCGACAGUCGUACCGGCUGUACCCCGCCUACUGAAUCGGGUCUACGACAAAAUCCAAAAUGAAAUAACUCGAUCAGCCAUAAAACGGGCAAUUUUCCGAAUGGCUAUAAAUUCCAAGGAGGCAGAGCUGCGACGUGGUAUUUUAAGGAGGAACGGACUAUGGGAUAAGUUAGUGUUUAAAAAAGUCCAUGAAGCAUUUGGAGGGAACCUGCGUUUAAUGGUUGUUGGAUCAGCUCCGUUGGCUGGAAACGUACUUACUUUCAUGCGAUGCGCCUUAGGAUGUCUUAUUGUGGAAGGAUAUGGCCAAACAGAAUGUACUGGUGCAAUCACACUCACUGUGCAGGGAGACUUCGUACCUGAACAUGUUGGCCCGCCCGUAUCGUGUAAUGCUGUCAAGUUGGUGGACGUACCAGAAAUGGAAUACUAUGCAGCCCAAAAUACUGGCGAAGUUUGUGUUCGAGGAACGAAUGUAUUCCAUGGAUAUUACAAAGACUCUGACAAAACUGCAGAAGCAAUCGAUGGUGAUGGCUGGCAUCAUACCGGUGACGUAGGCAAGUGGCUACCAAAUGGAACUCUAAAAAUCAUCGAUCGACGAAAACAUAUUUUCAAACUUAGCCAAGGAGAAUACAUAGUACCCGAGAAAAUUGAAAAUAUUUACAUGAAUAGUCAAUACGUUGAGCAAGUGUUUGUUUACGGGGAAAGUCUAAAGAGCUGUAUAGUAGCUGUCGUCGUUCCCGAUGUUGAUGUCCUCAAGUGUUGGGCGCAGGAAAAUAAUAUUCCUGGCACAUUGACAGUCUUAUGCAAUAAUCCAUCCGUUAAGGAGUUAAUUUUGACAGAUAUGCUAGCUUGGGGCAAGGAAGCCGGGCUUAAAUCAUUUGAACAGGUUAAAGACAUUUACUUGCAUCCAGAUCCAUUUUCAGUACAAAAUGGACUACUUACACCAACCCAUAAAUCAAAGCGGCCGCAACUUAAGAACUACUUCAAACCACAACUAGAAGACAUGUAUAAAAGCUUAGACUAAACUUCAACAAAAUCCAGUCAAAGGGACAACAUGAAAAAAAAAAGAAUUGAAAAUUAAAUAGCAUAAGCCAAAGAGAAAGGAUACAUAGAAGUGAGCCAGAAAUUUAAUUCGUUAAUGAAAUUUUUAGGAAAGUUUAUCCACAAUAAAAUGCAAUUCCAAAGUAGAAACAAGAGUAAACAUUACACUAAUUAGUUCAUAUAGUUCCGGAAAACCAUAAGAGAAAGGUUAUCCCGGAGAAAACUAUGUUCUUUGAAUAUUUAUCUGAUAAAACCACUGAAACACUAAAACAUUUUUAUUAAACAAUAACUGAAAGACUAGAAAAUUAUUAUGCAAUUUCUUCUUAACUUUAAAAAUUGCAAAAUCAAAAUUUCAUGGAUAUUGCUACCAAAAAAAAAUUAGGAGGUGAAAAUGGAAAGUACCACUAUUAAAGCUUCUAUUCUUUUGAAGAAUCAAAACUCUGUAGAGUGAAACUCAUGAUUUAGCUUUUAUUGUUUAUGAAAUUUGUUAUAUCGUUCAUGAAAAAUGUAAAAUGUCGGACACCAAUGACCGUGAGAAACAUAAAAAGCGGUGUAACUUGUUGAAUCUGUUCGAUGUCAAAUGAAAGAAGGCUAAAGAAAAGAAUAUUUCUUCAAGAUCUCCGCAGGCCCGCAGAGUGUGUUAAAGGAACGCCAGACUGUACUAGAGAUACCCACCAAUGGGAUGUCGUCUAAAAGGCUCAGAUGUUCGGGCGGACUUGAAUGUUUCAAUGAUUUCUUUGAGCAAGAAAUGUUAUGAAAAAUUAGUUUUUAGUUAAAUCAAAUAGAAAGUUGACGCAGGAAAAUUAAAGCUUAUUAAAUAUUAUUCUCUAAGUUAAAAUAAAAGAUAAAAUGUUUUUAAUACUUUAGAAUGAGCACAUCAUAUUAAUGUGUCGAAAUUUCCUUUUCUGGUGUAUCUUUUUUAUCAAGCUGAUAAGCAAAUAAAGAAUUGUAGCUAAAAUCAUGGUACACCUCGUUUUAAAAACACAUUUCGGUAGAUAUGUAUAAUCCUUUCGUAAUCUUAAGCUGUGCAGAAGCAACUAUUGCCUUGGUUUUCACUCGUCAAUUAACACUAAGACAUGCUUAUUUACCAUCAGAUUGUACUUCUGAUUUCAUACUUCAUAAAAUUUGUUCCUCAUCACUUCUAGGAAGAAGAGAAGAAAAAAAUCGAUCGAAAUCGUUCAAACCCAUGAAACGGUAGCACUAAAUCCGAUAAAUCCACCAGAGUUCGAUGGAGAGACAAUCAAUACGACAUGAGUUCGGAUACGUUACGAUUUCAAGACUUUAAAAAAGUAACUACCUCCAUAAAACCAAGGGAAAAGGCCAAUCUACUUCAAAAAUCAAGUGUGGCUGAGAACGCACCAUCGCUGAUAUGAUAAACCGAUAUAGCCAAAUUCUACUCACAUUCAAAUUAUGUUUAAGCGGCUCAGUAGUUUGUUAUAAUUGAAAGCACCGCAAUAGGAAAAUAAACGAGGAAUUAUAAGUUAGGAACUUUAAACUCACUGAAUUAAUCGAACUGUGAAAACUACGUUUUGAAUAGAUGAAAAUAUUAGAAUUACUCAUGCACUCUUCUCCGAGUGCUAGCCCAUAUCGUCUAUUUUCACUUUCGUUUUUUCUACUGCAAAAUAUUUUAACAUAACCGCAUGCAACCUAAUAUUAGCAAUAGAUAAACAAGAAUUCAGUCCGAGGAAAAGAUAGAAUGUUCACAAUAUAUAUAAGUACAUAGAGGGCUGCUAAGCAGCUCAAGUUUUAAAUAUUUCACAAAUCAAAAUUAAUUUUAAAAGCAAUUACAGUUGAGAAAUUCGUAAAAGAAGAAUUGUAAAAAAAGAAAUAUCUAAAGCGAAUCAAUAAAGUGAAAAGAAAACUGACAAAGA